AUGGUUCAUGGAAACUAUAUCUGUAUCCAUUGCGGCUCAUCUAUACCUGCUCUAUAUGAGCGCUAUGGAGGAGGACAUAUCCGACUUUCCUUAUGUCAAUAUUGCAAUAACGUUGCUGAUAAAUAUGUUGAAUACGACAAUGUGCUUUUAUUUAUCGAUUUAAUUUUGAUUAAGCCAUGCGCCUAUAGACAUACAAUAUAUAAUGUGUUUUUGUCAUCCUCAUCUGAACAAGAGAGCUUCGAAAAAAAGAAUAGAACUAUCGGCUCAUUAGUAAGUACUUCGAAAAGACAGAAAGUUUCUAGAGCUGUGACACCACAAAUCUCAUUGUCUUCAUCGGUCGAUGCAUUGAUGUCACCAGGUGAAGGUCAGAAAUCUUUCAGGCCAGACACAUCUUUGAUCCCGCUCGUAUUUCGAUUAGGAAUUCUCAUGUUAUUAUUCGAAGUUUAUGUCACUUGGGCCUAUCAUGAAAAAAGCUUCAUGGAAAAGGCAGAUCAUACUUCGUUGAUAAUAUCCUUAGUUCUCAAAGGGCCAAUACAAUACAUAUAUUUCCUCUCAACCACUCUUUUGCAAAACAUACUUCUGUGUGUCAGUUUAUCAUAUUAUGGCCUCAGAUGGCUUCCGUUUCCAACAUCUAAACCAGCUACCUCUGGUGAUACGCCCACCUCUACAGAUACUUCCGUCAAUUCUACACCAUUCUCGUCUAGAUCUCCUUCACCAUCUCCCGUAUCACCCAAAUUCAAUAGUCCUCGAAUGUCCCACUUGAGACUCCCACCACACCAGCCUCGUGAGAAACAAUCGACAGCUUCAUUUAAUUCAACUUCUCAGCUGAAAUCCAAGCAACCAACUAUUGCUGGAGAGUAUGUACCUCAGCAGUACCCAGAUUCUCUUCUCAUGAGCUCAAAGCCAAUGUUUAGUAGGAUUUGUGGGAUCAUGCUCACCACCGUCUUGAUCUCCAAUAUCAUAAAGCUCUUCCCUAUAGUCAUGCUUAUAUGGCCUUAUGAUCCUCCUAUUUUGCAUGCCACUCGUUUAUUGGUACGGAUCGUGCAUAUAUUCUUACUAAUAGAAGCCCUAUAUAUUGUGCUCAUAGACCCGAAGAACACGAAGAGGAAGUCAAGAAGAAGGUAUUCUUCAUCGAGCUCAAACGAUUAUUACAGGGUCACGGCUGUCGUUUUGGUAAGUGAGUUGACAAGAAUCGUUGUUUCUCACAUAAUCAUUGUAUUUGUUGCUUCAGCGAUUUGGGGGGUUUCUGUGAGAGAAAUUGGACUGGAUGACUGGAAGAUGCUAAAAGUAGGUAUACGCAUGCUAGAAGAGCUUGGAGAAUAUAUUCUGGGAGAAGUCUAA